GGCGUCACUUCCUUGGCAACGGAGCCACUUCCGGGGAAGUGUGUUUUUGAAGGCAGGCGUUGCUAUGGCGGCGUCUGGGCCUAGUCAAGCUUCAGGGACGGAGCCUGGGUUGCAGACGCGGUUGGUGGAGAACCAGCCUUACGAUGAGAGCCUGGAAGUGCACGAGGCGGAGGAUGUGGCCAGUAUCUACGCUCCCAGCCCACCGCAGCCAGGCCCACGCCCUGCUCGCCCCCCACACAAGGGCCUGGCCCCGGACAGCAGUGAUGACGAUGAUGAGGAGGAGGUCCACAACGUGGCAGGCAAGGAGAAGAAGGGCCCCCAACGCCGCUUCAGCGGGAACGAGGUGGAGGACGAAGAUGAGGACGACUCCGAGACUGACUCCGAGGAUGAGGACGACGAGGAUGAGGAGCACGGGGCGCCUCUGGAGGGGGCUUACAACUCCGCAGACUACGACUACCUACCUGUCUCGCUGGAGGUCAAGGAGCUUUUCCAGUACAUUCGGAGGUAUUCCGCACAGAUGAUUGACCUGGAGCACAAGCUAAAGCCAUUCAUUCCUGACUUCAUCCCUGCUGUCGGAGACAUUGAUGCCUUCUUAAAAGUCCCCCGCCCGGACGGGAAGCCGGACAACCUGGGCCUGCUGGUGCUGGAUGAGCCCUCCACGAAGCAGUCCGACCCCACGGUGCUCUCCCUCUGGCUGACAGAGAACUCCAAGCAGCACAACGUGGCUCAGGUCAAAGUGAAGAGCCUUGAGAACGCGGAGAAGAACCCCAAGGCCAUCGACAACUGGAUUGAGAGCAUCAGUGAGCUCCACCGCUGCAAGCCCCCCGCCACUGUCCACUACACCAGGCCCAUGCCGGACAUUGAGACGCUGAUGCAGGAGUGGCCCCCUGAGUUUGAAGAGUUGCUGGGAAAGGUGAGCCUUCCCACGGCAGACAUUGAUGCCAGCCUCGCUGAAUACACGGACAUGGUCUGCGCCGUUCUGGACAUUCCCGUCUACAAGAGCCGCAUCCAGUCCUUGCACACGCUCUUCUCUCUCUACUCGGAGUUCAAGAAUUCACAGCACUUCAAGGCCCUGGCGGAGGGCAAGAAGACGGCCAGCCCUCCCUCCAACCCAGCCUCCCAGGCUGGAGAGCCAGACGUCCUGAGCUUCACCUGAGAAGGGAAACACCUGGGGAAGAAAGAGGCCUUGCUUACUUGCUUGGAGAGCGACCAGAGAAACCAUUCUCAGAGUGCAGCAGGCCCAGGAUACCAGGUGGAAGGGAGGGGGUCUCACUUCAAGGCCUCGAACAUCUGGGUUUGGGGUUAGAAGACAUUCCGCAUCUCGUGUGCUUUCCGUGGCCUUUGGGGGAGGGGGCUGUUUUAAUAAAGUUUUCCUUUUGGUA